CACUUCAAAAUGCAGAAAGAUUGUCAUUCACAAACACCAUUCAAACUCAGUACAUAUACAGAUAAUCUGUUUAAAGAAAUACAUACCUACAUAGCAUAUUUUGAGCUGAAUUGUGCUUUAUGAAUCUGACCAUUGAAUGAAGGGCAGUGCUUUGAAAAAGAUCUGCAGAAUGGAAAAAAUCUCCCUAAUUGCACUGCUCUUAGCAGCACUUGGUGUUCUUGUUAUUGUUGUUAGUACCAACGCCAACACAGCUGAUAGUAAAACAGCGACUAUAAGACGCGUUAUAGUUGAUGUGGAUGCGGGUCCAGAUGACGCAUGGGCUGUGUACCAUCUGCUGAAAACUCCAGGAGUGCACGUUGAAGCCAUCAGCUGUGUCCGGGGUAAUAGCAAUGUAACGAACGUGGGUCGAAACGUGCUAAGGAUACUAACUGCCAUUGGGAAAGAGGGUGAAAUUCCCGUUUACCUAGGUUCCAACGAACGACUGAUCACACACGCUCGGAUGGUUGAACCAGAAAAUAUGUACUUCGGAAGCGACGGGUUUUCCGAUAUACAAUUUGAAGGUUCACCCCCGGACAUGAGUUUGCUUAGGUCGGACGCAUUGACGGAACUGUUCAAACUGAUCGGUCGGUAUCGCAACGAGAUUACGUUCAUCAGCCUGGGACCGUUGACAAACUUGGCUCUGCUGUUCAAGGUCUACCCCGAUACACGUCAAUGGAUCAAAGAGCUUUACAUCAUGGGUGGGAAUCGGCACGGUGUCGGAAAUACCCAAAAUGCUGCGGAGUUUAAUUUCUUCAAUGAUCCGGAAGCGGCGAGUAUUGUGAUUAACGGCUAUCUGGGGAACAUCAACAUUUUGCCGUGGGAAACAGCCUCCAGAGAUAAUCUGGUUAUGAAUCAGACCUGGAGAUUCGACGUGCUGGGAAACUCGAACAAUCCAGUGGUUCAAAUACUGAACCCGGUGGAACGGAAACCUCUGGGCGAGAACGAUAACUGGAUGCCGUGUGAUGUGCUAGUGGCUAUGAGUUUCACCCAUCCAGAUUUGGUUAUCGAACGGAAACGUUACCCAGCCGACGUCGAACUGCAUGGUUGGUUGACCCGGGGGCAGCUGGUGCUGGAUCAUGGUAAUGAAGGUACCGGCAAUGUGACGAUUAUUGAUAACAUGGAGACUGCUGGCGUUGUGAAAAUUUUGAUGCACUUAGCAUCGGUUUAAAUACUUUGGAGUAAGUUGUGAAGAUUUGUUGAAAAAUAAAAAAGUUUACGGAAA